GUGAAACCAUCGACUUCAAUAAUGGUCGUGAACAGUCUUUUCUGGCGCCACCAGUGUUCAAGUUUUGUUACAAGGCAACAUGCAUCUGCCGCAGCACUGGUUAAGGGACACCCUCGGUGCUGCCUACGUUGUGGCGUCCACGGGCCUCGGCUUCGUUGGUCUCGGGCUCUUGCAGCCGUUCGUGGCCAAUGAUUAUUUGUGGGCCGCCUUCAACGACUCGAUGCCUGUGGUCACGGGGCUCCUUAACCUCGAACUCACCGUGCCAACCGACGGCUUCGAUCUCUUCGGUGCCACAUACCUAGCUACUGACCCUUCCCUGGGCGUGCAGGCAGCGUAUGGACGGAAGAUCAUGUUGCAACAGUGGACGCAGCUGGACGUCCCCAUCACAGCGCUUCGUACCAUGAACGCUGCGGACGUGAGCAGCCUCAUCACGAUCUACUGCUGGGCGGAUCUGGAGCGCCGGUGGGAGCUUGCUUUUACAUCGCAGCGGCAGGCGCGGUGUGUCGAGACCAUGUCCACGAACGCAGCCGUGUACCUUGAAGCCGUCUUGCGUAACGUUGACUUGCCCGGGUGGCUGGCGAUGAACAGGGUAAGCUUUAUGGUGCACAUUGGCCAGCCCAUCGUCGACUCCGGUGCCGCAGGAGAAGCGUGGCUCUCCACACUCCUCCAACACGACGUUCUCUCCGUGGAGGCAGAAGCAAUGGUGUGGAUGACACACGGCCUCGUGGAAUUCCAGCUCCAGUUUUCCAAUUGGUACAGAUACGGCGUCUCGGAGACGCUUGUCAUCGAGAACGCCCUCGGCAUGACUUGGGCAUACCCGAUCAAUACGGUUUCGGUCGUGGCCUACUACAACCCGAGUUGCAUGCUGUUGAACAACCUCUUACUGACCGCCUUGGCAGCCAUCGGCGCUGACCAGAGCCUCGUGCGCAACACGCCCACCUCCUCAAACACGACGGCGUCCUUGAUCGAGAUUUUCAUCACAGGCUUCGAUUUGAGCCCGCUCAACCUCCUUCUGCACGACAGCAUAGGUGGUAUGAGCAACAUCGACGCGUGGUGGGUGUCGCCGCCCAGUCAGCUCAUGUCCACCGUUGGGUACUUUCGAUCGCUUGUGCUGCAUCACAUUGCCACCGACGCCAAAUUUGCCGCCGCCGUCGCCGCGAUCGCAGCAGUGGCUAUCCAAGUCACGCCGCACCAAUGGGCCGAUCCGUCGCUCCGGUUUUACGGCGGCAACUUCCUCUGCUCGGACGCGCCACUACUGCCGACGGUGCAAGAGUCGUUUGGGUUCUACUCGAUCUGCGGUGCCAUAAGUCCACUCUCGGUGCAGUGGCACCCGUGGAACGCCCUCUUUGCUUUCGCCAUGCUACGGCCGACAAAUGACAGCAUAUGUGACCUGGGAGCGUCGCCGGUGCAGGUCCAAACUUGUCGCGCUAUCUUUACUGCCACGUUGACGACGUUCCAGUUGUUUCCACCGAUGGAGAUGACGCCACCGACGGCACCUGUCCUGCAGCAGAUCGGGUACAGCCAAGUCGUAAGCAACCAAUCCAACUUGAUACUACAGAUGCAGCAUCUCCUCGACCCUACCUACGCAUUUUUUGGGUGGAUGAGCCUCUACGACUGGGCCAUGAACCAGCGCGAAGUGAUCGCCAUUGUCGGUGACGUGUCGACGAUCACAGUCAUGUCCCCGCUGUAUCCAUCGGUGUCUCAACACCCGAUCACUGCAGUCGCUGCGCUUGGACCGUACCUCUGGAGCUUAGCAGCUGUUGCUUCCGUGGUCCUAACAUUGGUAAUGGUGCUUGUCCUCGGCAUUUGGAGCUGGAACCGACCCUGUGGCACGCACUGGUUCCUCUUUCCCCGCCUUGUCAGUUCAGUGUGGCUGAGCCGAAGCAUUCUCGUCACGCGCAGUCUCAUCGCCACGGGUGUCCUCGCUACCGCUCCGAUGAUCACCCACUCCACCCACGGCACACUUGCAGUGACAUCAGCACCACGAAGCCCAUGGGUGUCCCUCGUCUUGGCUAACGAAGCGACGUGGUUGGUUUACGUCUUGCAAGAGAUCCUCGCUCCUCUUGUCCGCGGUCACCAAGCCGCUCCGAUCAUUGCAUGGAUCGCCGUGGCCAUCUUGGACAUUGCGGCACCGGUCACUGUGGACAUGACCGUCUCCCACGAGUGCACGAUUCCAGACAUUAUCCGCCGAGUGGAGUGCACGAUCGGCACUAUCCGCAUCGGGAGCUUCCCUCGCACCGCCACGAUCGUUGUUAUCCUGGUCGCAGCUUCGCUUUUGGUUCAACCCCACCGCACACGUGGGCGCUGGAACUUACUUUUGCCAGGGACAGCGGCAGCUUACUUGACGUCGACCGUCGACCUCGACUGUGCCACGGCUGCCAUGUGCGGAGUCUUCGUCGCCAGUCACGACUUUCUUUUUGACAUCAAGCUCUGGUUGCGGAAGCCCCAAUUCACAACAGGUGUCCCUGACACGAAUGAUGCCCGACCUAACACUGUAGGCAAGCUCAGGUCGCUGCAAUCCACGUUUAUCGACAAAUGGUUGCACAGGAGCAACGUUUUGCCCAGCACGAUAUCUGUAACUGAGAUUGAACCCUCGAAUUCACAGACCCCCGUAAACUUUGCUGUUAAGCAAGGAUCACAAUCAUCACAGGUACGAAGGCAGCGGCGACUGCGGGCGUGCAUCUUCGUCGCCGGCAUCGGGUACCUCGGUGUCACGUUGGGCAGCAACCUCGUCUAUGUGAGCGUCAUCCAAGAAGCCCUUUCGAACGACUUUGGAUGGGCUGACUUCAACACCACGGGCCACUACAUGUUCCUCGCCAACCUCUUCAACGACCAACUCAACUUGGGCACUGCGACCACCUCCGACUUGGCCGUGGCUUCUCCCAAGUACGGUGACUUUCGACAGCUCUACGACGGGACGAGUACUACUGUGAUGUGGUACGAGGGCGCUGUCCGGCGUCUGCUCUACGAUCCCGAACGCAUCGUCCUCACGGAAGUGAUCGUUGGCUUGAGGAGCAUGGACCCGUGCCAGCUGCCGUGGAUGUUCACGCAGUACUGCUGGCUCGACUUUGGCCAGCAGUGGGAAAUGGCCAGCAGCGGCAUGCGACAGCAGCGCUGUACCCGCCAACAAGCCAACGGUGCCGUGUACGUCGAGGCGGCGUUGCGCAAUGUCAACGACUGGGCGGCGUGGCAGAUUUGUUGGGGUGCCUCGUUCGACGUGGCCGUCCGGGAGCAGUUGGCAAUCUCCAAGCCAGGCCAAGCUUGGCUUGCAACGACCACGGGGCUUCGUGGCUCCGUUGAUGCCGAAGUCGCCUACUGGAGUGACAAUGGGAUCUCGACGUUUGUGCUUCAGUGGCAAAACUUCAAAACAACUGCGUUAUCAGACGCCUUUGUCAUCACGACGGCUUUGGGCAUGCAGUACACGAUGUCAACAAGCUCUGCCCCCGGUGCUAUGCACCUCGACGCCCAGACGUCCCUUCGGAUGUACUGGUCGUGGGCCAACGACCUCCUCGCUGUCGCCGACAACUCGUCUGCGAUCGGUGGCUACAGCCUCCUUCGCGGCAGCGCAAACUUUGCUUUUGCCAACACGACGAGCCAGGCGCUCUUGCAGAUGUCCCAGCAACUCCCAUCACCGCUCACUGCCGGAUUUACCCUCGUGACUCAAGCCGUUGGUCCGUUUGGCGUCGUGGAUACCAUCUACGUCCCGUGCCCACCGGCGCUGCUGGCGUACUACGGCAGCUUGAAGCACGAGUUGGCAGCCUUGCUGUUGACCAACACGACUGCCCAGGCCGCGUACUUGGCCCUGGCGCCACCGCUUUACAUUGGCGACAUCGUGCCCGGUGUGUUAACCACUGCCAAUGUUUUGGUCACAGGGGGCAACCUCAUGUGCGACGACGACUCAUUCGCGUCGCAACUAACGCUCAAUGUGUACGCGAGCUUCGGCACCUCGUAUCUGUGUCCAACGCAGAUCCCGGAGUAUCUCACGCCGACGGUGUUCGAGAUCGCACUCGCGAUGCAUGCAUUCAACAGUAGCCAUACGGUGACGACGCCCGACCUAGAGGCCGUCGUAGCCCUCGACCCCUUCGCAACGGCGGUGUCCGUGCCCGCGUACGGCGCCUUUUACUCGUUUCUCGACGACAACGUGGAGUCCCUACCCGCAUGGACUGUCGCGCAAUCGGCGUGGGUAGCCGUGAACGCAGCGAACAUCUCGUUGGUUCAGUUUAUCCUCGCCAACGGCACGACUCGGAUGUUGUAUCAAACACCGUUGUUCGUGCCAUCGCAGCCGUACUGGACUUUCUACGCGUGGUGUCUCGUGUACGAGUGGGCCGCGGGGAUCCGCGAAGUCGUGUCCUUCCAAGGCGACGUCGGCACUGUCACCACCAUGUCUGCCAUCAUUGGACAGCUGUCCGUUCCCCUCGACACGGCCCUCGUAGCCAACAAAAUCGCGAUGGUUUUCCUCGGGUCGGUUUACUACGUCACGUACGUAAUCAUCGCCGUCACAAUCGUGGCCAUGGGCUACACACUCGUCUCCCGCGGCCGCAUUGAAAGCCUCAACCUCUUUGAAUUGAAUCGGAUCGUGGGUCAUGUCUGGGUCGGCCGCCCGCUCCUGAUCCUCCGCAGUGUGACCGCUCUCUGGCUCCUCAACACGAAGCCGUUGGUUUUGAGCAAAGUCGGACUCGGCACACACCUCACAGCGCCACCCGUGGCCUGGUACAAAUCGAUUCUCGCUGCGUCCGAGCUCACGUGGGUCGUCUACAUCCUCAACGACGUCUUUAGUUGUUUCACGCAGCAGCACACGGCAACGUACGCGGCUGCUAGCUCAGUGUGCGUCUGCUUCAUCACAACCGUGUGGACACUGGUGUCGCCCCACAGCUGCACCGUCACCCUCGAUCGGACGUGCGCAUACGUCAAUAUGGACGGCGGGAUGGAUUGUACCAGCGGUGUCAUCGCCGUGGGCAGUGUGACUCGCAUCUGGGCCGACUUAGCCAUCGUGCUGGGUUGCGUCGUCUUGUGCGCCACUAUCGACAUGAAAUGCCGACCGGGCGUCCCGCCCUUGUUGAUCCCGACGCUUCUGCUGAACGCGUCGAGCUACUACAUGUUGGACUUUACCCACUGGCGCAAAGGCAGCGACUUCUUCUUGGACCAGACGUCUGGCGUCCUCUCGGGCUUGCUCACGCUGCACUGGAAGGGCACGCUUUAUAUCUUCGACGUCAAGAAUUGGCGGUUCGUGUCGCUCGUGGUUGAUGCGAGUGACGAAUCUAUGGCAUCGUCGAUCCCGCUCAGCCGCAUUGGAUGACUUUCUAGGCCAGGCGCCGAAAAUACUCCUCGAUGGAUUAGCCUUUGAUGCUCUGCAAAUACCUAUAUUAUAUAUUAUUAUUUGUGUCUAUCCGUCUAAGUUAGUGACUGUAAGUUAGACCUCUUGGUCAUAUACUGCGUUUCUAGUAAGGUAUGCAUUUAUAUUCUAUGUAUAUCGGCAGUAGUUGUAUACAUUAUGACAAAGUGAAUGAUUCAUCAUUAAAUAAAUCGAUAUUUAUCGAUCAAAUGACUGCCGUAUACCCCCCGCUUCAGUACCUAUGAAAAUGUCAGUGAAAUCUGAUCACAACCGGUA